AGGGAGGGGGAGACCACGACAUAGCCGUUAUCUAUCUAUAUAUAUAUAUAUAUAUCAAUGUAUGCAAACAUGUCACCUUGGGAUGUAUCAUCCAGUGAGAUGUGUUCAGCAUACUAGUUGCACAGUCGGUUAAGUUCAAAAUAAGAGGGAUAAAAUAUACCCAUUCGGCGGCUUCUGUUUUUGCUUUAGCAGACCUAGUUGGUCGGCAAUCCCAUUUUUAUUUUUAUUUUUCCUUUUCCAUUGCUUGAUUGAGCAUUGAAGGGCUCAUCCAUUCUAUAUGGUCGACGUUUCGACCUGAAGGCCUGCCCUUAGAGAGGACCCGAGACCUAGAGACCAAGGGCACCCACCGAGACACGCAACAUCAUGUCGAUUUUCGAAGACAAGCCGAAGGACAUUGCUGGUUCCGAUACAAAUGAGAGCAGCGAGCUAGGUGGCGAUAUUCGAGACACCGACCACACCCUCGAAGUACUGGGAUAUGUCCCUGAACUAAAACGCAAUCGUUCUUUGAUCACACUCCUCUUUCAAUCCCUCGCGAUCGCUGCUAUUCCGUAUGGGGAGGGAGGGCCUCUGCUUAGCUCCAUAUACGGAGGCGGACAACGUUCCAUAUUCAUAGGAUGGCUAGCCGUCCUUGUCCUAGACGAAUGUAUUGCCCUUUCGCUCAGCGAGCUUGCAUCGCGAUAUCCAACGUCAGCAGGGCCAUACUACUGGUCAUUCCAGAUUGCCCAAAAGCACAAAGUGAUUCUGUCGUUCGUGACGGGAUGGGUAUGGCUCAUCGGGAACUGGACGAUCACCCUCUCCGUCAACUUCGGAUUCGCCUCCUUAAUAGCAGCAACGGUAUCACUCUUCCAUCCAACAUGGGUUGCAACAGAUUGGCAACUGGUCCUCAUCUUUUACGCCGUCUGCCUCCUGGCCUUUGUGAUCGUUGCUUUUGGCAAUCGCUUUCUCCCACAGGUAGACAUCGUCUGCGCCGGCUGGACAGCACUCACCAUCAUAAUCAUCAUGAUCGCCCUUUCAGUCAAAGCGGGAGCCGGUAGACACAGUAUUUCAUACGCCCUCACGCAUUAUGACACCUCCUUAGCCGGUUGGGGUGAAUUCACUUUCUUCAUUGGCCUUCUUCCAGUCGCAUACUGCUUCUCCGCCAUUGGCAUGAUCUCCUCCAUGGCCGAAGAAGUCGCCAAUCCAGCCGUCAUAGUGCCCCGCGCAAUCAGCUUGUGCGUGCCCGUCGGAGGUAUCGCAGGCCUCUUCUUCAUCAUCCCGAUCUGCGUCACCCUCCCACCACUCCUGGAUAUAAUCGAACAGGCACCAGGCGGGCAAGCUCUCCCCUACAUCUUCAGCGUGGUCAUGGACUCCCCCGGUGGCGCCCUAGGCCUCAUGACACUCGUCCUCAUCGUCACGCUCUUUUGCUCCAUCAGCAUCACCACAGCCGCGUCCCGCACAACCUGGGCCUUCGCGCGCGACGACGCGAUCCCGCUCGCCAGUGUCUGGGCGCGGGUGAACAAGAAACUCGGCGUGCCCGUGUACGCUCUGGCCCUCGUGACCCUCGUCGAGAUGCUCCUGGGCAUCAUCAACAUCGGUAGCUCGAGCGCCUUCACCGCGUUCGUGUCCGUGGGCGUGAUCGCGCUGGCGGUCAGCUACGCGAUGCCCAUCGGCAUCAGCGUAUGGUACGGCCGGCGCGAGGUGCUGCAGGCGCAGUGGAAUCUUGGUCGCGUCAUCGGGCCGGUUGUCAAUUCGAUUGCGCUGGUGUGGAUUGCGUUUGAGCUGGUACUAUUCAGCAUGCCGACUGCGUUGCCGGUGACGGCGACAUCGAUGUCGUAUGCGAGUGUGGUGUUCGCGGGCUUCCUGGUGAUAUCGGCGGUGUGGUAUGUUGUGUAUGCGAGGAAAUCCUACAAGGGUCCACCGGCAUCCGACGGAAUUUAA